AUGGCCGUCAAGAAAUUCGUCCCACGUCAGCGCAAGCGGAAGCAUCUUGAGCGCCAACGCGCCGAGGAGAGAGCUACUCUCGACACAGAGCUCGAUGCAGAUUCCAAUGUUGUUGAGAUCACCCCGGCGCAGCAGGCUGAGGCCGAGGAGAAGAGAAAACAGUUGCGCGAGUCACUAAAGCCCGAUGGCACCAAGGUCACUGGAAAAAAGGCCAAACGUCUGGAGAAGUACAUCGAAAGCAAGUUGAAGAAGGAUGAGAACCGAGAGCUCCUCAAAAAACUCGAGGCCAACAAGAUCGACACCAGUUUAUUCAGCAGUGCCAAGUCAAUUGGUCAAGUUAAGGAGACCAAGAAGCAAGCCAUCCGCCGCGUUCUCAGGGAGAAGGAUGCCGGUCUCGGCGUGGAUAAGUCAGACUUGACGCUGCUCUACCAGAAGCGCACUGUUAAGAAGGGGGAGGUCCCACAACAUCGGCAACCGGAGGAAUCCGACGAGCCUGAGGAGGAAGGACCCAGGACGACACAGCAGGGCACCAGCGCCAAGCAAGAUCAACCACAGUCCUCUACAACCGCGGCAGCUCCUACCACAUCGGCAGUCGGCUCUGGUCUGAAACGGCCACUCGAGGUCGACGACUCUGGCCGCCCAGUGCUUGCAAAGAGACAAAAGAGAGGCGGUGUGAAGUCGAAGUUCUCAUUAGCUGCGCCUGUCGUUCACGAAGAACCAGUAUCUGAUGAAUUUGGCGGGUUCAGCUCCGCUGAUGAAGAGGAGUCGGGUGAGGAGGAUGAGGACGAGUCUGAUGCUGGUGGGUCGGAGAAAAGUGAAGAGCAGUCGGAUGAGGACAUGAGUGAUGCUGGCAGUGGAGAGGACGAAGAGGAAGAGGAUGACGACGAAGAGAGUUCUGAAGAGGGGUCCGGCUCGGAGGACGAGGAAGACGAGGAGUCUAUGAAAGAGCGGCGGAAAGAAAGAUCAUCUGCUUUCAAGGCUUGGGCACACCAGCAACGAAACGAAGCUCUGGGAUACACACCAACAACUUCCACUAUACUCGAAAUGCCCAGACCAGAAAACUUCCAGCCCCGCCCAUUAGAGCAAGAGCCACUACCGAUUGAGUUGCAGCCAACAACCAAUGUCACCAGAAAGUCGCAUGCCGUCACCGUCACAAGGAACCCUGAGAUUGAGGAGGCUCGUUUCAAGCUUCCUGUCGUGGCUGAGGAACAGAAGAUUAUGGAGGCCAUUCACAACAACGACGUAGUCGUCAUCUGUGGUGCCACUGGCUCGGGAAAGACAACACAACUGCCGCAGUUUUUGUUUGAGGCUGGCUACGGUGACCAGAAGGGUCCUACUCCUGGCAUGAUUGGCGUCACCCAGCCGAGACGUGUGGCUGCUGUCAGUAUGUCGAAACGGGUUGGUCAGGAGAUGGGAGACUUUUCCAAGGUCGUCGCCUACCAGAUUCGGUUCGAGGGCACCGUCGAUCCCAACACAGCCAUCAAGUUCAUGACUGAUGGUGUUCUCCUCCGAGAGGCGGCCCAGGAUUUUGCACUUCGCAAGUACUCUGCCAUUAUUAUCGAUGAAGCCCACGAGAGAAGUGUCAACACCGAUAUCCUCAUCGCAAUGCUCAGCCGAGUGGUCAAGCUGAGAGCUGAGCUGGCCAAGGAAGACCCCACAACAAAGCCUUUGAAGCUGAUCAUCAUGUCUGCCACUUUACGUGUUGAAGAAUUUACACAAAAUACCGCGCUCUUCGAGACUCCGCCACGAGUUAUCGACGUGGAGGGCCGUCAACACGAGGUCACCAUCCACUUCGCCAAGAAGACAGGGCACGACUAUGUCGAGGACGCCUUUCGCAAAAUCAGCAGAGGUCAUCGAAAGCUGCCACCAGGUGGCAUGCUUGUGUUUCUCACUGGCCAAGGCGAGAUCACCCAACUCAGCAAGCGUCUGAAGGCUGCUUUUGGCGGUGGCAUGAACACUGCAUCUGGGCCCAAGGUCAAGAUUUCAGCCAAGGAAGCUCCUAUCGAGGCUGAGGAUAUCGACUUUGGCGAUAUCGAUGACAGAGCGGUUCACGAUAUGGAUGAAGAUGAGAUUUCCGACGAGGAAGAAGAGGAGAAGGAAUUCGACAUUGAGGAUGAGGAGUCCGGCACAGGACCAAGAAAGAUGCAUAUCUUGCCCUUGUACUCGAUGCUUCCGACAAAAGAGCAGAUGAAGGUCUUCGAGCCACCCCCGGACGGCUCGCGAUUGGUCAUCUUGUCGACAAACGUUGCAGAGACCAGUUUGACUAUUCCUGGUAUUCGGUAUGUCUUCGACUGUGGCAGAUCCAAGGAGCGCCGGUAUGACCCUGUGAGCAACGUCCAGAGCUUCCAGAUCGAUUGGAUCAGCAAGGCAAGUGCGCAACAACGUGCCGGUCGUGCCGGUCGUACUGGCCCUGGCCAUUGCUGGAGGCUGUUCUCGUCUGCGAUUUACGAAAGGGACUUCCCUCUCUUUGCCGACCCAGAGCUGCUCGCAUGCCCAUCGAGGGCGUGGUUCUACAACUGA